UCCCGUUGAUUGUGGUGUUUCUUGUGUGAUUUACUGUACAUAGCUUGCCGGACCAAGCAGCCAACAUCUGAACCCCAGUUGCAGUGUCCUUCCUUUCAGUCGAGGCACUGGAUUGAUAUCAACAGUGUUUUGGCACGUCGCGAUCCGUCUCCUCCAACUCAAGACAAUUCAUCCAUCAGAAUGGCAGCCAAAUCACCAUACCCCGAUAUAGUCAUACCCAAAGUCGACCUCUGGGGAUUGAUGUUCGACUUACCCCGAGAUUUCUCCGAUAAUCAAGUCAUAUACCGAGCUGUCGACUCGGAUCGCAGCUAUACUUGGGCCCAAGUUAAGGAAGCAGCUUCAGCCUUCGGCGCUGGCCUUCGAAAUCUGUGGGAUUGGAAGAAAGGCGAUGUACUCAACAUAUAUGCUCCAAAUGAUGUAGAUUUCGGCCCUAUUGUCUAUGGUACUUUUUAUGCCGGUGGCAUUGUUUCGCCUUCAAACCCUGGCUACUCGGCGGAUGAGUUGGCCUUCCAACUCAAUGACUCGGAAUCAAAGGCCAUUAUCACUACAGCUGACUUCCUCCCUACAGCACUAAAAGCAGCUCAAAAGGCCAACAUACCUGAAGACCGGAUCAUUCUCCUCGGAGGAAAAAGAGACCCGACCCAUCGCGUGAAGCACUGGACCAAUAUUCGAAAAACUUCAGGCGCCGUUCGUUAUCGGAGGAGAAAGGCGGAUCCUGACGCUGACUUGGCAUUCUUGGUGUACAGUUCAGGCACGACAGGACUGCCCAAAGGCGUCAUGCUAAGUCAUCGAAACAUUAUUGCCGACCUGUUGAUGAUUAAGGGCUCUGUGGGUGGUUGGUACGAUACUGGAAAAGACAAGAUUUUAGGAGUCUUGCCAUUCUAUCACAUCUACGGAUUGACUGGCCUCGUGCACCAACCACUUCAUCGCGGCAUUGAGCUUGUCGUCAUGCCAGCGUUCAAUCUAGAAGUCUUCUUGAAGGCCAUUCAACACCACAAGAUCACGUUUGUCUACGUGGCGCCGCCUGUCAUUGUUCGACUGGCACGAGACAGCCUGGUGGAUAAGUACGACUUGAGCAGCCUCAAAAUGAUUACCAGCGGAGCCGCGCCGUUGACUCGGGAGCUGGUUGAUGCCGUUCAUCGACGGCUGAAGCUCAAAAUCAACCAGGCCUAUGGAUUGAGUGAGACAAGCCCCAUGACACAUACGCAGCCCUGGGAUGAAUGGUAUUCGUCGGUAGGGAGCGUAGGGAAAUUGUUCCCGAGCAUGACCGCCAAAUACAUUGCUGCAGACGGCAAAGAACUCGGUCCAGGAGAGGCAGGAGAACUAUGGCUAUCAGGCCCUAACAUCUUCAAAGGAUACUGGAAGAAUGAGGUAGCUACUCGAGACGCGAUCACAGAGGACGGAUACUUCAAGACUGGAGAUGUCGGAUACCAGGACGAAAAGCACAACUUUUAUAUUACAGAUCGUGUCAAAGAACUGAUCAAGUACAAAGGAUUCCAGGUACCACCAGCAGAGUUAGAAGGCAAGUUGAUGGAUCAUGCAGACAUCAACGAUGUUGCCGUCAUCGGGGUCUACGAUGAUCACCAGCACACAGAGGUCCCAAGGGCCUAUGUCGUCGCAGCCAACGGGAAGAAUUCUGAGCAAGAUGCGGAGGCCAUUGUGAAAUGGUUGGCAGAAAAGGUGGCUAGCCAUAAAAGACUCCGAGGAGGUGUCAGAUUCAUUGAUGAAAUACCCAAGAGUGCUGCUGGGAAGAUCUUGCGCAGGGUGUUGAAGGAGAAGGCAAAGCAGGAAGAUUCAAGCAAAGGGGUGAGACCCAAGCUCUGAUUGUCACCUUGUACACGUAUACAAUAUUGUCAACUGGAUCUUUCCAUAAUUU